AUGAUGGCGUCACGACGUAUUUCGUCUUGACGCUAGUCUCGCGAGGGGUUUAGCUGUCAGGCUGGAAGCUGCACAUAAAUGGUGUUGCGGGACGUUUUAGCAGCAAUAAGGGACUGUGGGGUUUGUGAAGAAAAUCGGGAGUUUCCUAGUUGGGCGCAUUUGUUGUGAAUAUAUGUAAUGGCCUCCAGAGGGAAAACAGAAACUAUCAAACUGAGACAGAAUUUAGAAGAGCAAUUGGACCGGUUAAUGCAACAACUUCAAGACCUAGAAGAAUGCAGAGAUGAGCUAGAUGGUGAUGAGUAUGAAGAAACUAAGAAGGAAACACUGGAGCAGCUAAGCGAAUUUAACGAUUCGUUAAAGAAAAUCAUGUCCGGUAACAUGACUCUGAUAGAUGAGUUGGGCGGGAUGCAGCUGGCAAUACAGGCCGCUAUUAGUCAAGCCUUUAAGACUCCUGAGGUGAUCAGAAUGUUUGCUAAAAAACAGCCGGGGCAGCUUCGAACACGUUUAGCAGAGUUGGACCGGGAUUUAAUGGUUGGCAAACUAGGAAGAGAUCUAUACACACAGCAGAAAGGGGAGAUCUUGAUUGCAUUGCAGAAACUUGGAGAAAAGCUUUCACCUGAAGAUGAAGCUUUUCUCUCUGAGAAUGCAGGGGCUGUUUUUAACCAGUUUCAGAAGGUCUCAGAAGGUUUGGGAUCAGGAGACAAGGUACUGGCUCUUGCAAGUAUUGAAGUGGAAAACACAAGGAAAUGAAGCACUUUUGGAAAUUAAGCAUUAUUUGAAAGAAAGUGAAUAUUUUACUGAGCAUAUGGUUGACUAUGACUGAAUUCAUGUAAAUGUGAUGUACCUGUUUUGUAUAAAUGAUGAGGUUCCAGGUCUUUCAUUAACUUUUAUGGCAAGACUUGUGUAUAUGAUGAGCCUAUGUAGCAUUUUUUUUUUAUCUUGGCUUCAUUUACAUUUGAUGAUAACAAGACAAUUUUGCAGUACUUUUAUUUCUAGAUGUACUGCAUUUUGAAAUACGUGUACAAAUAUUAAAGGUAUUGUUUAGAAUUUUUAAUAAAUUGGUUGGAUUUUG